AUGGUUAACAAAGAAUUGAUUUCUAAGAUGAAAAAAGGUUCAUAUUUGAUAAAUACUGCCAGAGGUGCCUUGACCGACCCACAAGCUGUUGCUGAUGCUGUCAAUUCUGGUCAUAUUGCUUAUGGUGGUGAUGUUUGGCCAUUCCAACCAGCUCCAAAAGAUAUGCCAUGGAGAACCAUGCACAAUCCAUAUGGUAAAGACUAUGGUAACGCUAUGACCAUCCAUGUUUCUGGUACUUCUUUAGAUGCUCAAGCUAGAUAUGCCAAAGGUGUUAAAGAUAUCUUGGGUGAAUAUUUCAACAAGACUUAUAAUUAUCCUUGUAAAGAUAUCAUCUGCCUUAAUGGAGAAUUUGUCACCAAGUCCUAUGGCCAACACAAUAAGUAA